GGCAUGUCUGCUGCGUUUUAUAAAUAAAUACAUACAUAUAUACGAGUAACUGUAAGCGGUUUACAGGAUAUCAUAAGCGUGAUUAAAGAGUUAGCAUAUACAAUACAUACACAUACUAUAUACAUACGCAUAGAUAAGUAUGCACGUGAAUUUGUACAAAGUAUGAGUGGUAUACAGUGAACUUUGUAUGUUACUCAUACGCCCCGUCGACUUGUUAAGUGGUUUCAACGCAAUUAGACAUUGAUAGUAGCGACGCUGAUUCGGUCAAGGUCAGCUGCAUUACGGUACAUUCCGCGUUGUGUUUUUCUUUUUACUUUCUUUGAAGUAAUACAUAUCUUCGCUUAAUUAAUUUCAAUAACAUACAAAAGACUUCCGAGUGAUAAGGCGGCUACGCUUGAAUUCCUUGUAGCGAAAACGUAGCGGUCAAAACACAUUCCAGCAACUACACAAAUACGAAUACAUUACACAGGGCACGCGCACUUACAUAUAUACAUAAAUAGGGGAAUAAUAAAACUAUUUAGAUUUUGCCAAUUAUCAGCCAGACAAACUUUUGUGCAAUGAAAAUGCCACGAACCGAAGAUGAAGUUAAUGAAAAGAUUUACGAUCAUCGCAUCAUGCCGGAUUGGUCGAAUGUGGUCAACGAAACAAAUGGCACAAUGCACUAUUCCAAGGAUAUGAUCUUCAACGAUGGUCAUCGCCUAUCGAUCACAGUUUACAGCAUCCUGUUUGUGCUCUCCAGCAUUGGCAACUCAACAGUGUUGUAUUUGAUUGUGAAGCGACGUUGGCACAAUCGUACGCGCAGUCCGUCCCGCAUCGAUAUUAUGUUGAUGCAUUUGGCCAUUGCUGAUUUGAUGGUGACUUUCCUAUUAAUGCCGCUGGAGAUAGCGUGGGCGUAUACAGUGCAAUGGCGUUCUACCGAUUUUGUUUGCCGUUUGAUGAGCUUCUUCCGCGUAUUCGGCUUGUAUUUAUCAAGUUUUGUGCUUGUCAGCAUAUCAAUAGAUCGAUAUUAUGCCAUAUUGAAACCUUUGAAAUUUUCAACAAGUCGCGGUCGUAUUAUGUUGGCAAUUGCAUGGGUGGCAUCAGUGAUAUGCAGUACACCGCAGGCAUUCGUAUUCCAUUUGGAACAGCAUCCCAAAGUGACAGGUUACUACCAGUGCGUCACAUUUCAUUCCUUUCCCACCGAACUACAGAAAAUGAUCUAUCAGAUCUCAACUAUGUGCGCCAUGUAUACCUUUCCGCUGAUAACUUUCAUAUAUUGUUAUGGCAGGAUCUACUUGGAGAUCUAUAGCAAGAGUAAGCGCAUGGUUAAGGGUGAUGACAAAAAUGGUUUUGCCCGAUUCCGACGCUCAAAUGAUGAUGUUUUGGGACGCGCCAAGAAGCGUACACUCAAAAUGACUAUUACAAUUGUGAUUGUUUUCGUAAUUUGUUGGACCCCAUACUAUAUCAUCUGUAUGUGGUUUUGGAUUGAUAAACAUUCGGCUUAUAAUGUAAAUCCUUUGUUGCGUAAAAUACUUUUCAUAUUCGCUUGCACGAAUUCGUGUAUGAAUCCAUUGGUCUAUGGGGUAUUCAAUAUACGUGGCAAAACGAAUAAUAAUACGUCCGUUAAUAAUCGUCACACUUCACUCUCCAGUGGUGGCCGAAUGGCCAUGAAAGAACGUAACGGUAGUAGCCGCACCAUUGUAACAAUACCGGCAGUAAUCAAUGGCAGCUCUGGUGAUACAAGCAAUGCCACACAAAGCACGAAUAUCUCCAAUGACAUAUUCACCAUAUCGAAAAUAACAGAAGAUAUGGAAACUGAAAAGCCGCCCAAGAUUUGCAUAAGUGACCCCAUUGAUCUAGCGAAUACUACCAAGACGCAACAAGUAACCUGAGCACGUGAUAUGUACUCUUAUGACUGAAAAACUGAGUUUGCUAAUAACCAAAGAAAAAGGGGAAAAUUUUACUCGCACAUUUGUGUGUAAUUAAGUUAUUUUGUACCUUCAAUGUAUGUAUGUAAAUAAGAAAUGUUUAAUCGAAGUGCCGUCGUCCAUUCGAUUGGGCAGCCAUGUAUGCAUAGGGUCUCUUUUAUAUGACCGCUAAUUAUACUUUUGCUCAAACUUAAUUAUAUUGUUUGCAUGCUAGUUGCGGGUUAAGGAAAUUAUGUAAAUACAGAUAUUCACUGUUAUUGGAUAUGCUGCUGAAGAUGCCUACUGAGUUAUGCUAAUUAAGUAUGUAGUGUUAAGAAGUACAUACAUACAUUUGUAUGUAUGUACGUAUGCAUGCCUGUAUUGUAGUAGCUGUUUGCUGGAGAGGUUUAGUUUAAGCUUGAACUUAAUUUAAUUUAUUCAUAAUAAAAUACGAAAAAAAA